AUGGGUUUAGAGAAUGUACCCCCAGAGCUACUUGAGGCGAUUCUGCUAGGGGUUGGAGACGAAAAGACCGUUCUGCUCGCGCAGCGAGUAUGUCGGCGAUGGGCCGACUGCAUCCGACAGUCCUCUGCAAUCCAGCAAGACCUUUUCUUCCAGCCAGCGAACCCGAUUCUACCAGGAUGUCAAAUACCACGUCAUAACCCGUUGCUGGCAGCAAAUUUCCCUUACUGGUUUCCCGACGAUAAUAUCAAAUCCUGUGCCAUGGCUUAUGGAGCUGGAGAUAUGCAAGAUUUUCUCGACAGGAGGAAGAAGUAUCUUGGGCCAAAAGCAAGCUGGCGACGCAUGCUGGUGCAACAGCCUCCAGUUUUGACCUUGCAAUGGAUUGACCGCAGUCUUAGCUUUGAUAACAGGAUUACCCUGCAAAGAUAUAAGCUUCCAUUGGGAAAUUGUGGGGAUGGCCUUCGGAUGAGCACAUUGUUCGAUUUAGUUGUUCGAUCUGCUGAAGAGGCCGAACAGUUCUUCUAUUUCCGAAUCGUCUGGGGCCAUUACCAAACGUAUUCCAAGCAAUUCGAUAUAUCUUAUAACUCGGAUCCGGACCCUUGUGAGAUAAACGAUUCUCAAUACAGAGCAGCGUUCGAGCGCGCGAAUCUGGAAACGAAUAUUGUUUUCGAUACUUGGCAUACUGAACAUAUGCCUUGUGAGCUUUCAGACUCAUUCGGUCAGGAUACAUGGACGUGGGACUUGAUACGCGGUCUAAAAUCACCAAUAGGAGACUUGGAUCUAGAUGAAUUGCUGGAAAGAAAAGGUCUUGAGCAGGUCACUAGCUGGUGGAAAUGGUCAGUGACAAGCCCCUUGGCAGGAUACAUGAAUCAGAUGGAUACAUGUGAAGGAUACUACUUCCCAUUGGAUGAAUAUGAUUCAGAUCUGUGA